AUGUUCAAUGUUUUUUGGGCAGUUGAACAUCUGCGCAGAAGCGGCUGCGCAGGAACAGCUGCGCAGAAGCGGCUGCGCAGAAGCGGCUGCGCAGAAGCGGCUGCGCAGAAGCGGCUGCGCAGAAACGGCUGCGCAGAAGCGGCUGCGCAGAAGCGGCUGCGCACAAGCGGCUGCGCACAAGCGGCUGCGCAGAAGCGGCUGCGCAGAAGCGGCUGCGCAGAAGCGGCUGCGCAGAAGCGGCUGCGCAGAAGCGGCUGCGCAGAAGCGGCUGCGCAGAAGCGGCUGCGCAGAAGCGGCUGCGCAGAAGCGGCUGCGCAGAAGCGGCUGCGCAGAAGCGGCUGCGCAGAAGCGGCUGCGCAGAAGCGCCUGCGCAGAAGCGGCUGCGCAGAAGCGGCUGCGCAGAAGCGGCUGCGCAGAAACGGCUGCGCAGAAACGGCUGCGCAGAAACGGCUGCGCAGAAACGGCUGCGCAGAAUCGGCUGCGCAGCAGCGGCUGCGCAGAAGCGGCUGCGCAGAAGCGGCUGCGCAGAAGCGGCUGCGCAGAAGCGGCUGCGCAGAAGCGGCUGCGCAGAAGCGGCUGCGCAGAAACAGCUGUGCAGAUGCAGCUGCGCAGAAACAGCUGCGCAGAAACAGCUGCGCAGAAACAGCUGCGCAGAAACAGCUGCGCAGAAGCGGCUGCGCAGAAGCGGCUGCGCAGAAGCGGCUGCGCAGAAGCGGCUGCGCAGAAGCGGCUGCGCAGAUGCAGCUGCGCAGAAACAGCUGCGCAGAAACAGCUGCGCAGAAACAGCUGCGCAGAAACAACUGCGCAGAAGCGGCUGCGCAGAAGCGGCUGCGCAGAAGCGGCUGCGCUGAAGCGGCUGCGCAGAAGCGGCUGCGCAGAAGCGGCUGCGCGGUAGCGGCUGCGCGGAAGCGGCUGCGCGGAAGCGGCUGCGCGGAAACGGCUGCGCGGAAACGGCUGCGCGGAAACGGCUGCGCGGAAGCGGCUGCGCGGAAGCGGCUGCGCGGAAGCGGCUGCGCGGAAGCGGCUGCGCGGAAGCGGCUGCGCGGAAGCGGCUGCGCGGAAGCGGCUGCGCGGAAGCGGCUGCGCGGAAGCGGCUGCGCGGAAGCGGCUGCGCGGAAGCGGCUGCGCAGAAGCGGCUGCGCAGAAGCGGCUGCGCAGAAGCGGCUGCGCAGAAGCGGCUGCGCAGAAGCGGCUGCGCAGAAACGGCUGCGCAGAAACGGCUGCGCAGAAACGGCUGCGCAGAAACGGCUGCGCAGAAACGGCUGCGCAGAAACGGCUGCGCAGAAACGGCUGCGCAGAAACGGCUGCGCAGAAGCGGCUGCGCAGAAGCGGCUGCGCAGAAGCGGCUGCGCAGAAGCAGCUGCGCAGAAGCAGCUGCGCAGAAGCAGCUGCGCAGAAGCAGCUGCGCAGAAGCAGCUGCGCAGAAGCAGCUGCGCAGAAGCAGCUGCGCAGAAACAGCUGCGCAGGAACAGCUGCGCAGGAACAGCUGCGCAGGAACAGCUGCGCAGGAACAGCUGCGCAGGAACAGCUGCGCAGGAACAGCUGCGCAGGAACAGCUGCGCAGGAACAGCUGCGCAGGAACAGCUGCGCAGGAACAGCUGCGCAGGAACAGCUGCGCAGGAACAGCUGCGCAGAAACAGCUGCGCUGGAACAGCUGCGCAGGAACAGCUGCGCAGGAACAGCUGCGCAGGAACAGCUGCGCAGAAACAGCUGCGCAGGAACAGCUGCGCAGGAACAGCUGCGCAGGAACAGCUGCGCAGGAACAGCUGCGCAGGAACAGCUGCGCAGAAACUGCUGCGCAGAAACUGCUGCGCAGAAACUGCUGCGCAGAAACAGCUGCGCAGGAACAGCUGCGCAGGAACAGCUGCGCAGGAACAGCUGCGCAGGAACAGCUGCGCAGGAACAGCUGCGCAGAAACAGCUGCGCAGGAACAGCUGCGCAGAAACAGCUGCGCAGAAACAGCUGCGCAGAAACAGCUUCGCAGAAACAGCUGCGCAGAAACAACUGCGCAGAAACAGCUGCGCAGGAACAGCUGCGCAGAAACAGCUGCGCAGAAACAGCUGCGCAGCAACAGCUGCGCAGGAACAGCUGCGCAGAAACAGCUGCGCAGGAACAGCUGCGCAGAAACAGCUGCGCAGAAACAGCUGCGCAGAAACAGCUGCGCAGAAACAGCUGCGCAGAAACAGCUGCGCAGAAACAGCUGCGCAGAAACAGCUGCGCAGAAACAGCUGCGCAGGAACAGCUGCGCAGAAACAGCUGCGCAGGAACGGCUGCGCAGGAACGGCUGCGCAGAAACGGCUGCGCAGAAACGGCUGCGCAGAAACGGCAGCGCAGAAACGGCUGCGCAGAAACGGCUGCGCAGAAACGGCUGCGCAGAAGCAGCUGCGCAGAAGCAGCUGCGCAGAAGCAGCUGCGCAGAAGCAGCUGCGCAGAAGCAGCUGCGCGGAAGCAGCUGCGCGGAAGCAGCUGCGCGGAAGCAGCUGCGCAGAAGCAGCUGCGCAGAAGCAGCUGCGCAGAAACAGCUGCGCAGAAACAGCUGCGCAGGAACAGCUGCGCAGGAACAGCUGCGCAGGAACAGCUGCGCAGGAACAGCUGCGCAGGAACAGCUGCGCAGGAACAGCUGCGCAGGAACAGCUGCGCAGGAACAGCUGCGCAGGAACAGCUGCGCAGGAACAGCUGCGCAGGAACAGCUGCGCAGGAACAGCUGCGCAGGAACAGCUGCGCAGAAACAGCUGCGCUGGAACAGCUGCGCAGGAACAGCUGCGCAGGAACAGCUGCGCAGGAACAGCUGCGCAGGAACAGCUGCGCAGAAACAGCUGCGCAGAAACAGCUGCGCAGGAACAGCUGCGCAGGAACAGCUGCGCAGGAACAGCUGCGCAGGAACAGCUGCGCAGAAACUGCUGCGCAGAAACUGCUGCGCAGAAACAGCUGCGCAGAAACAGCUGCACAGGAACAGCUGCGCAGGAACAGCUGCGCAGGAACAGCUGCGCAGGAACAGCUGCGCAGGAACAGCUGCGCAGAAACAGCUGCGCAGGAACAGCUGCGCAGAAACAGCUGCGCAGGAACAGCUGCGCAGAAACAGCUGCGCAGGAACAGCUGCGCAGAAACAACUGCGCAGAAACAACUGCGCAGAAACAGCUGCGCAGGAACAGCUGCGCAGAAACAGCUGCGCAGAAACAGCUGCGCAGAAACAGCUUCGCAGAAACAGCUGCGCAGAAACAGCUGCGCAGGAACAGCUGCGCAGGAACAGCUGCGCAGAAACAGCUGCGCAGAAACAGCUGCGCAGGAACAGCUGCGCAGGAACAGCUGCGCAGAAACAGCUGCGCAGGAACAGCUGCGCAGGAACAGCUGCGCAGGAACAGGUGCGCAGGAACAGGUGCGCAGGAACAGGUGCGCAGGAACAGGUGCGGAGGAACAGGUGCGCAGGAACAGCUGCGCAGGAACAGGUGCGCAGGAACAGCUGCGCAGGAACAGCUGCGCAGGAACAGCUGCGCAGGAACAGCUGCGCAGAAACUGCUGCGCAGAAACUGCUGCGCAGAAACUGCUGCGCAGAAACAGCUGCGCAGGAACAGCUGCGCAGGAACAGCUGCGCAGAAACUGCUGCGCAGGAACAGCUGCGCAGGAACAGCUGCGCAGGAACAGCUGCGCAGAAACAGCGGCGCAGAAACACUCUAUAGCCUCCGGUUACAGGAGCGUACCUCCAUGUUCAAUGUUUUUUGGGCAGUUGAACAUGUAAAGUUGAAUCCCGUACGCGCGUGGUAG